GUCUGCGAGGAAAUAACCCAGACAGGGUUUCGCCGGUUCUUGAUUCGUAUCGGUAUUCCUCCAAGAGACGGGCCCAAGGGUUUUCUUCCACCGCCCGCGGGUUGGUUUCGUGGGGGUGAUAUCUCGUUUAGUGUAGACCAUUCUCAAAAUUUCGCAACGCCACAAUGUCAUGGCCGAGAAUACUUUGGAGCUAUGAAACGGUCUCGCUCCCACUGCAGUGGCUGUGGUGGUCAUGUGCUGUUGGGCGGAUGAGGUUGAAAGGGCUGAAACGAUCCGCCAGUGUCAGUGAGAAACCAACGGACCUGCGCCGCGAUAUGGUCAUGCGUUGCCGUGCCGCUCUGCAGAAACCAUCAAACGAGCGUUGGAAGCCGAAAAUACAGAGACAGGCCCAGCUGAGAAGUCCCCUCCUCCACUUGGAAAUAUUCCCCCAACCCAGUGCGAUUUCCUUGGAAUCGACGUGCGGCUGGGGACUGGUUGAAGACCGGGGACCCGCGCUGCAAACUCCAGACUUGAAUCUGGGGUUCUUGCUGCGCAAAGCCCUUGUCAGCAUGGCGAACACCCCACAGUGGGCGAAUCGCAAAAACACAGAAAACCUUGUCUGCGCUGUCUGGAAUGUCCUCUUGCCCAUGCGAAAAGAGCUUCAUGUUUGCUCGCCGACAUAAACAGGGGUAAAUGCCAGGGCGGAGAGGACACCAGGGAGGCAAGAGGCUCAAAGAAAGAGGACGCUUGCUCGCGAAAUCCCACCACGAUGUCCGUGCGAAAGAGGUUUCUGAGCCAAAACUCGGCGGUUUGCCCCAGCUCCUUGUGUAAAAAUUUCCAGCUCGGGUGUCUUGGCUUUGAUGGGGGCGGCUUGUUCGAUGGCACGGUCCAGGGGGCCGGGUCUUGAUCCAU